GCGAUAAGAAGAACAAUCAUCUCUGCCAUCAGCUACACUUUUGACAUCACAACCACCCCGCCAUGUCCAACGAGCUCGUCACUUGGGCGCUCCCCAAGCUGUCAAACUUUCUUCCAUUAGAUGAGGAGUCACUAAAACAGAUAAUCACAUAUUCCGCUGGGCUUUCCAAAGAGGAAAGUGCCGAACAUCUGAAGAAUCUCCUCGGCGAUGCGCCACCCGUCCUCGAAUUCAUCUCAUCGUUCAACUCGCGUCGAGUCGACAGUGGUACAUCUACCCCUCAAUCUGGUGCAUCUACACCGCGCACGGCUCGCGAUGACAGUGGACUGUUUGAGCGGAAUCAAGUAAAGACGCACAAACGAACAAAGGCGCCAUUACACAAUGCCGGACCUCCGCGAAGACCAGAGAAUUACGGGAAUGUGUCUGGUGGGUAUAAAAAGGCCGACUUGGAACAAGAUUAUAUGGCCGCAUCAACCAAACUUACUAUUUUGUUGCAGCCGGAGCUGGGAGCUGGAUCUGGAUCGUCGUCAGCAAAUUCGCGGAAUCCGUCGCCCACCCCGAAGAGCAAUAAUACAAAAGCGCCUCCGUCGGCAGCAGGUCCUUUAAUAUCGGAUUAUUUACCAAAUGUGAAAUCAAAGACGAGUAAAUCUCAUCGACCAGCUGGCUCUGGUUCCGGAUCUGGACAUUCGACGCCUGGCAAAGGGUCGGUAACUACGACAAACAUUGCAGAUUUGACCUCUGCAAUCGCGGCUCUUGAGGAGAUUCAAAGCAUGAUUAAAGAACUCCGCGCUGAACGAGGACAGGAAAAGAUGAGAGCGCAUAACGAAGGUAUGCAUCAUACAGGAGGUCCCGGUAUGACCGACGCAGGAGGCCCACCAAGCAAACUCGACGCCGCCGUCGCUCAUAGGAAUAAGCUGCUCGCUUUCCAAGCGCAAAAUGCGCAACGUACGCGCGUGGUAGAUGAAGCCGCAGAUUUUGAAACGCCUAAUAUCGGAUCUACGCAAUGGAUGAGUCCAGCACAGAGAGCUCUAGCCUUGAAGAAACAGCAAAAGAUUCUACGGGAAAUGGAAGAGAAAGCGAAACCGGAGUGGGAGAAGAAGAAAACAUUUGUCAGUCUGGAUAUAAAGGGUGGCCGAGUCGUGCGUUCGUAUCAUACCGCUCCUUCAGGUCCCGCGACCCCAGAUGAGGAUGAAGGAGUAACCGAGGAAACAGCAAUGGUAAAUAAUCAAACUGAGACUGGUAGUUCAGGCGCAGCAUUUAGUAAAAACCCUCUACUUGCGAGUGGUGGUCUUAUGCGGCCUAUAUGGAAGGGUCCGACGGAUGGAGAAGUCGGAGGCGUUGGAAAAAAUAAAGAGGUUAGACGGACAUGGCGUCGAGUGCAGGACGAUAAGGAUGAUAAUGAGCAGUGGAUAUUAGAUGGUGGUGCUCAUGGCUAUAGUAAUGAUAGUGGUGCUUGA